AGCAGGCAGUCAGGCUCCGCCUCCCUCCGAGCCCUGACACGCCGACCCGCUGGCGAAGCCCCCUUUUUAAUUGAGGCUGUCAGGCUGAGCCCGGGAUGAAGCGGGCAGGCGGGAGGAGGGCGGGCGCGGGGACUCCAGUCGUGGCGGCUUCGAGCUGAGCCACUCGUCCGGGCAGAUCCGCGGAGGCCGCCUCUUCUUCUCCGGCGCUCGCACCCUCCUCGCCGGGGGAAGGAGAAGAGAGAACCAGCAGAAGCGGAGCGAGAGAGAGGACGGGAUCGCCGAUCGGGCUGGAGCUCCUUGGAUCAUUAAAGCGACCCGGAUUGCUGCUUCCCCUCCAAAUUCAUUAAAAAAUAAUUCCUCUCGUCUUCGGUGGUUUGGGGGGAAGGUUGCAGGGCAUUUUCCUCCCCCUUUCCCGGCCACCCACCCACGGAGAGGGGGUUGUUGUUGUUUUUCCGCGCGCGCCCUUUCUGCUCCCCGCUCCUUCUUCCCCCUCCCUUUUUUAAAAAAUAAUUUUUGCGAUCCUGAUGAAAAACCACAUCUGGGGCAGCAGCAGCAGCGGCGCCGCGCGGACUCCCAUGGCUGCGGCGAUGCCGUGGAAGAGCGCGGAGUGGCUGCAGGAGGAGCUGGAGAGCCGCGGGGGCAGCUCGCUGCUGCUGCUCGACUGCCGGCCCCACGAGCUCUUCGAGUCGUCCCACAUCGAGACCGCCAUCAACUUGGCCAUCCCGAGCCUGAUGCUCCGGCGCCUCAAGAAGGGCAACCUGCCCAUCCGCUCCAUCAUCCCCAACAACGAGGACAAGGAGCGCUUCAUCAAGCGGUGCAAGGCGGACACCGUCCUGCUCUACGACGAGGCCACGGCCGAGUGGCAGCAGCAGCAGGACGGCGGCGGCGGCGGCCCCACCUCGGUCCUCGGCCUCUUGCUGCAAAAACUACGCGACGACGGGUGCAAGGCGUUCUACCUGAAAGGUGGAUUCAACAAAUUUCAGACUGAAUACUCGGAGCAUUGUGAAACCAACCUGGACGCUUCGUCCCCUACCAACUCUCCUCCUGCCUCUGUCCUCGGUCUCGGAGGCCUGAGGAUCAGCUCUGACUGCUCGGACGGGGAGUCUGAUCGAGAGCCUAGCAGUGCCACAGAAUCGGAUGGGAGCCCCAUCCCAAACAAUCAGCCAGCCUUUCCUGUCCAGAUUCUUCCCUAUCUGUAUCUGGGGUGUGCCAAAGAUUCCACCAAUUUGGAUGUAUUGGGCAAGUAUGGCAUCAAGUACAUCCUGAAUGUGACUCCUAACCUUCCCAACAUGUUUGAGCACGACGGAGAAUUCAAGUACAAACAGAUUCCUAUCUCGGAUCACUGGAGUCAGAAUCUCUCCCAGUUCUUUCCCGAGGCCAUUGCUUUCAUAGAUGAGGCCCGUUCUAAGAAGUGUGGCAUUCUUGUUCACUGCCUGGCUGGCAUCAGCAGGUCUGUAACGGUAACUGUCGCCUACUUAAUGCAAAAGCUCAACUUGUCUCUGAAUGACGCCUACGACUUUGUCAAGAGGAAAAAGUCCAAUAUCUCCCCAAACUUUAACUUUAUGGGCCAGCUCCUGGACUUUGAGAGGACUUUGGGACUCAACAGCCCGUGUGACAACUGUUCCCCUGGCGAACAGCUUUACUUUUCCACUCCAACCAAUCACAACUUGUUUCAGCUGAACACGCUGGAGUCCACUUGAAAAGAGAGGUUCUUUGGUGGGGGAGAGAGCUCCCCAGCCCUGAAUUGUGCUUCUCUUGAGCAUUUCAAAUUCCUUGAUGGAAGAAAAAGAAAAUCUUUCGGUCAGCCUUGAAAGAACUGGUUUCUCUAAGUAGAGCUGUCUGAUUGCUGCUUUAUUGAAAAGGCUUGUGCCAUUUACUAGUAUUCUGAUGCUAAUCAAAGUGGGUUCGGAGGAGUUACUUUACCAGAGCUAUUUAAUGAGGGGGCUGGCCUGGCCUAGCGUUCUCAACACAGCUGUUACUGGCAAUAACUGCUUUCCUGUGUGUGUAGAGACUGAUAUAAUGCGCACACCGUACACACACUCUCGUAUAUACACACAUUCACAAACAUACACAUGUACCACACGCACAUGUUAAAAAAAAACGAUCAGUGUGUGUUAGAGUUUGGUGUGGCGAGCAAAGGAGACUUAUGCACUUGGCAACCUUGACCAAUAAGUGUUGGCCUGAGACUGUUGUUUUAAAACCCAGUUUACUUUUUUAAAAAGGAGGUAAUCUUUACUCUUUCUCGGGUUUAAAAACUCUUUUUAAAUAUGUACGUUCCUGACUGUUUGUACAGACAAGGUUGCAAAAACCAGUAUUUUAUUCUGUUCUUGUUUGAUUUCAUGUUUUUUAGAUAAAAGAAAGAGAGAAAAAAAUCAAACGUUUCUAUUGACCAAAUGCAUUUUGCACACAUUGUAAAGCCUUGAUAUAUUCUGGCAUGUUCCUGGGUACCUGGGGGAGGGGGAGGGGGGGAGAGAGAGAGAGACGUCUGUUGCUACUGUUUGUUAGCAACCGGUUGGUUUUCUCAUGACUUGUGAGGGCCCGCGAGUGAUCCUACACCUCUCCACCAUGCCCAGAUUCACAAUCUUCUGCACUGAAUCAGCCAAGGUGACUAAGCGCCAAUGUGCUUUUAAAAAUACCACCUUUGCCAAAAAAAAA